AUGACCAUCAGCGUCCAACGGCGCGACGGCGUAUCAUGCUGGACGAAUUGUGCCAUUAUCGUACUGUGCCUUGCGGGCAGUGUGCAGGCCAAAGAUGAAUGCGCACCCUGGACUUGGGCCUCAGGCGAGCAUUCUCAGCUCAAGAGGCAGCUUGCAACGGCCACCUCGUUGCUCGACGCAACGUCGUCAUCGCCCCCUACCAUUACUGGCAUCAGCAGUUCAUUGGCCUCUUCCUCGUCUACAGGUCUUCCCGUCACUAUCAGCCCGCUCCUCGGUGACAGCAACACCCAGGCAGGCGAGGUCAAUUGCCGAUACACAACCAACACGGACGACAUGGAACUCAACUACUACACUUGCACCGCACUUUCCGACAAGUACAAGAUUCCUGUGGAGAAGUUCUUCAUCUUGAACCCGGAAGUCCACCGCAACUGCGAUAACCUCAAGCCCAACACCGAUUACUGCGUGAAAGGCUUCAUCGAGCCGAAGAGAGCCUACGACGGAUUGUGUGGCCCUUCUCACGGCAAUGCUACUUGCCUUGGAACGGACUUGCAGUGCUGCAACUCCAAGACUUGGAGGUGUGGCGACUCCCUAGAAGACUGUGCCGACGGAACCUGUUUUGAGGGCGCAUGUGCUGGCGACAAGGUCUUCACCACAGACGGCGAUUGUGGCCGCGACCACGGUUUCAAGUCGUGCGCGGGCAUUUGGGGCGACUGCUGUAACGCCACUGGUAAAUGCGGCACCGGUGAAGCCUUUUGCGGCGUCGGAAACUGUCAGUUGGGCAACUGCACUCUCCCGGAGAAGCCUCCGCCUAAGAUCGGCGGCUUUACCGAGGACGGUACGUGUGGCAACAAGCACAACCAGUGGAAGUGCGGCGUGCCGUUUGGAAGCUGCUGCAACAAGGAUGGCCAGUGCGGUAAUGGCUCAGGGGACUGCGGCCAAGGCUGCCAAUCUGCGUUUGGGAAGUGCUCUACCACCAGCAGCUCCAGCAGCAGUACCACUACUUCCUCUACCACUACCACGUCAUCUCCUGCGACCACGACCAAGGUUCCCACCACCACUAUUCCUGGCAUCGACUCGCUACCUUCGUGCGGUCAAACGUGCUUCUAUAACAUGCUAGACAAGCAUUCCGAGCUGGGGUGUAGUAGCAGAGACGACGCGUACUGUCUCUGCAGCAACGUGAACUUCAACAACGGCAUUCGCGACUGCAGCAACGGCGCAUGCGGUGAGUCGGUGGCAAGUACAGUCAUCUCUUAUGGCAGCGCGUACUGCUCGCAGGCGGCUGCCACGCACGUUCCCACGGCCACUGUCACCGACAUUGCCUCGCUGCCGUCAUGUGGUCGGACGUGCUUCCACAACAUGGAGGGCCAGCACUCCCAGUUGGGCUGUCCCAACGCCGACCCCUACUGCCUGUGCGGCAAAGCCGACUUUGGCAACGGUAUCCGUGACUGCGCCAACGGCGCCUGCGGCAAGGUCAUUGCCAGCACCGUCAUUGCCUACGAGAGCGCCUACUGCUCCAGCGCCUCCGCCACGCCUAGCCCUGUGGCGUUCCACGUCAAGUCGGGAUACCACAAGGACUGCACCGGCGACAGCCAUAACAGCAACGACGUCAUGAUGUACCAGGAAGGCAUUUGCAUCAACACCGACUGUCAAGUCGCAUCGCUCGACAUUGCUGCUGCAGGUAACUGCCCCCAUGGCCAGGUCCAGAUCAGCUACUGGGAGCAAGCCAACUGCCAAGGCAAAUGGUUCGGCUACAGUUAUGCGAGCCGCGAUACCUGCCGAGCCCUCUGGACGGAUGGCUGGAAGUUUGGUGCGCUGCACCUGCGUUGUGCCGACCCAUUGUCUGACUGCGUCAGUCAGCGCAGCUGCGAAGUCGACCCAGAGCCCCCCAGAGGCAUAUGUGAGGCGCCGCCGAAAGAGCCUACCGCUGCGUUCACGCUGAAGGCUCGCUCCGGGGCUUACUGUGGUGGAGAUGUAUACAAGGAGGUGUCUGUCGCCCACGGGGGCGGCACCUGCCUGAAUACAGACUGCCAUGUUGGUAGUUUGGACAUUGCGGAGCUCGGCGACUGCCCCGACGGCGAGAUCCGCAUCAGUUACUGGGGCGGGGAAGACUGUGCCGGCGCAUGGUAUGGCUACGGAUACGCGAGUAGAAAUACCUGCCGUACGCCCUGGUCCGGCGGGUCCAAGUUCCAGUCUUUGUGGUUCAGCUGCGCCAAGCAGAGCGACGAUUGUGUGAGCAAGAAUGAGUGUACUUAUGAUCCUGAGCCAGCUGGGAGCCUUUGUCAGAAAGUCCGCUAG